ACGAACUGUGAGUGAAUGAGUUGAUCAAACAAGGUCUAGUGCAUCGAACGUUGAUUUGUGUUGAGUGUAGAGGUCGCGUACAAACAGUGAAUGCAACUGCCUAGGGGCUGGUGACAGGGGGUGGAAACUGCGACCGAACUGCAUAAUAUGACGACGCGGUCUGUUCGAGUUGUUUUGCAGUGCGAAGUGACUGCCGUUUGUGUGCGGGCUUUUAGUUCUACCUUCGUACUAUUGGGAAAGCAGCUAACUGCACGCGUACUAAAAAAAGUGUGUCUACUGAAUCAGUGUGCAAAGAAUAAUAGUAGUGCAUAACUGUGCUUGUCUUGGCGACCGUUGAAACUGCAAUUGCAACUAACUGCACUCCACUCAGUCCCGUAUGCAGUAAACAAAACACAUUGAAAAGACGUUGUUACGUUGUUACUAAACUAUCGGUAUGACGGAUGUGAUCGUAGUAGACGGCGAAGAAGAUAUUUUCACGCAUGCUAGUAUGAGUGCCUAACUCUCGGAACCAUGAUGGCGGAAGUCGUUGUGUAAUUCUCAGGUCGGCUAAUGUUUUUGCCUAAAGUUUCCACCCGAAAAAAAUGUCACCCAACGACAAAAGAGGAUUGAAAUAGUGGCUCGAGUGUCCGUCAAUUGACAAGUGAUAAAAUUAGUUUCCUACCCGGUUGAAAUUCGUUCCAAUAGAAGCAUUUUCACGCAUGUUCGGCGAAAAAAUCAGCACCAAGUGAAACGGGAUCCUGUUGCUGAGGUGGCAUCGCCAAACUGUGGUAUGCAUGUCAGCGGGAUUGGUGCGGCUAGACUGUGUAAUUAGGUUAAUCGACGAAACAACGUCGUUCGAGAGGUUCGUUUAAUUUUUUUUCUCUGUUUUCUUAGAACACCGUUUGUGAAAACGGAAAGGAAUUGUGCGUGAAGCGAAUUUUCUGUUGUUAACAAACAGAGGAAAUGGAAUUCUGUGCGAACAUACUGUGCAGAAAAUUACGGGAAGUGCAUCGAAACGGAAAGCGGUGAGGAGAAAUUAUUCCUUUAGCUGGUAUGCGUGACAUUGGCGAAACUAUAUUUAUGUAGUCUAAUCGAAACACAAUUGUCGAAACACAGUACGAGUUUGCGAUAAAAAAAACCAAAAAAAACAGCAACCGCGCAUGAGUUCAACAAGUUUCUUCUGCUCCUGCUGUUUGACGCAAAUAAAUGGUUAUCGAAGGAAAAUUUUGGAUUAUGAUUUGUGGAUACGUGGAUCGUGGAUCAGUUUUGUGGUAGUAAAUUGAAUGAUGAGUGUUGACAGGUUCGUGCUCACAAUGUGAACGGUGAACUCUGAUUGGAAGCUAUCAAUUUCACUGUUGGAGUUUUUCGGAAGCUUAGGCCAUAUUAUUGUUGUUCGAGUAUUCAAAAAUUUUAACCAGACCUGGUGCGUAAGGAUUCGCCCAAAGUAUAUUCAUUGCCGUUGUGAAAUUUUUCCUGCGCAACUUUAUAAAGACUGUGGAAUAAUUUGAUUGGGAGCUGGGAAAACCUUGUCCGAUGAUGGUCAGCAGAAUAAUGCAACGGAGCUUGUGUUUCUUACUGUGACCCAAGAAAAUCCAUUGAAAUUCUAUUAGUGUAUAUUUUUGUGAUAUUAUUUAGGGAUUGUAUUAGAAAUACACAGUGAUCUGACAUCGACGAACUUCUAAGGAGAAAGAUUUCAAGAGACAAACUAUCAAAACGUUAGCCAUGAUGGACGAUGAUCCGGACGAUAAGGAUGACACUAAAAGAAAAUCCCGGAACCUCAGUGAGAAGAAACGUCGUGACCAGUUCAAUCUGCUGGUCAACGAACUGAACUCGAUGGUUUCUUCCAACACGCGAAAGAUGGACAAAAGUACGGUGCUGAAGUCCACGAUAGCAUUCCUGAAAAGUCACAACGAAAUUGCCGUCCGCUCGCGGGUGCACGAAAUUCAAACCGACUGGAAACCGUCGUUUCUGUCCAACGAGGAGUUCACCCACCUGAUUCUGGAAGCGCUGGAUGGAUUCAUAUUCGUGUUUUCCUCCACGGGACGUGUUUUCUAUGCUUCGGAGUCCAUCACUUCCCUGCUGGGGCAUUUACCGAGUGACUUACUCAACAUGACGGUUUACGAUAUGGUUUACGAGGAUGACCAAAACGACCUGUACAAUAUACUGCUGAAUCCUUCGGCAAUCGUGGAUCCUCUGCAAGCCGGGAUAUCCCGGGAAAACCAGAUUACCUUCUCCUGCUACAUUAAGCGCGGUACGACCGACUAUCGGUUGGAGGUUUCCUACGAGUUAGUCCAGUUUACAGGAUACUUCAGAAGUGAUGUUGAUGCUGAUUCUUUGAUGACCGCAUCCAGGUUCAGCAGUUACAUGACUGAUGCUGACACGAGACUAAUUUUCGUUGGAACCGGAAGGCUUCAGACGCCACAGCUGAUCAGGGAGAUGUCCGUGGUGGACAGUUCGAAAAGUGAGUUCACUUCCCGACAUAGUAUGGAGUGGAAGUUUCUGUUUCUUGAUCAUCGGGCGCCUCCUAUUAUCGGGUACCUACCGUUCGAAGUGCUGGGUACUUCCGGUUACGAUUAUUAUCAUUUCGAUGAUUUGGAAAAGGUCGUGGCAUCGCACGAAGCUUUAAUGCAAAACGGUGAAGGUACCUCCUGUUACUAUCGAUUUCUGACGAAGGGACAACAGUGGAUCUGGCUUCAGACUCGUUUUUACAUCACGUAUCACCAGUGGAACUCCAAACCCGAAUUCGUAGUUUGUACCCAUCGAGUGGUUAGCUAUACCGACGUGAUGAAACAGUUGAGAAACCAAACUGGUGGCGAGAAUAAGUUUUCCGACGAUGCAGAAAAUGUGGAUCGAAAAUUCCAACUGAACUCCAGUCAAAGUCGGAUGGCAACUUCUCUCUGGAGUACAAAGAGUAACCGAUCGGUGCGAAUGGCACCGACACCUGGUGGAUCCCCAACUGAUUUGUCUUCCCGGGGAAGACAUCGUUAUGGCAGCUACCACGGACCGGGACCCGAUUCGGAACACUCCGUGUCCGUCGGUUCUCAUGGCAGUCGACAGUCAAUGCAAACUCAAUCUAGUUCUAAAUCACGGAUACGAUCUAACACCUACAGUUCAAAGACGACCAGUACGACAACUCAGCACACGCAACAUGAGGUGCCGAAUACGGCCCCUCAGCUGUUACUUCACCACCAGCAUUCGACCGUCAAUUCUCAGCAGCCAGUAGAUUCUUUCCAGCAAUUGCGAGCACCACCGACGGCUACAGCAAUUAAACUAUCGGCUCCUUUCAUCGAACAUCAGCAGUAUUUGGCAGCGGUUCCUAUUCAACCGGAUACCGGGUUUCUACCGGAAGCCAGUGGCGGAAUUUUGUCACCCAUUCCUCCGACGGUACCGACGGAAGCGGGUGGUGUUGUGUUGACUCCUGCCCAGAAUCAGGUUCAAGGUCACCUACAGCGAAAGCACGAGGAACUUCAGCAUCUGAUCAUACAACAACAGGAAGAACUGAGACGGGUACAGGAACAGCUGUUGAUGGCUCGAUAUGGAUUGCUUCCGUCGAUCGUCACCCUACCCUUCACCGCCGAACCCACUAGUACCGACGAAAGUCUCAGUAGGUGUAAUAACAGUGCUCCAUACCUUCAGCAUCAUCAACCGCCACAUGCUAGUCAGCAGUACCAAGCGCAUCCUAGUCUGACCAAUCCACCACCAAACCCGCAUCCUCAUCAACAUCACCAACAACAACAGCAACAGCAACAACAGCAACAACAGCAACAACAACAACAGCAACAACAACCACAACACCACCACCACCAUCAUCAUUCGCAGCAGCAACAAAUUAGCAUAACUCCGGACCAAAAACCAAUCUUCCAUCCCAAUCAGCAACACAACUUCGUCGAUACCGGUCAACCGAAACUGCUGGUGGAACCGGAAGGUGACAUGAUUUCCUACAUGCCGUUGACGCCCGUAUCGAUCAAUCAACUGCAGCAGCAACCACAAUCUUCGCAGCAAUCGCAACAACCCUCGCAUCAUCAUCAUCAUCAUCAUCAGCAGCAACCGAUGCCGAUGUCUUCCAACGUGACCGGCAGCAACACGACGGAAGCGGCUUCCCGAACAUCCGCCAGUAACAGUAUGGAUUUGCUGCAAUACCAAAUGGGACAGGAUCAGGUGCAGAUCUUGUUUGCCUCUGGUAUGGAACAGCAGCAGCAGCAGCAACAGCAACAGCAGUACCAACAUAAGCCUCAGCAUCAGCAACAACAACAGCAGCAGCAGAUUCUAUCCCAUCACCAUCAACCGCAUCUUAAUCCACAACAUAAUCAGCCUACAUCUAGUGACGGUUCGAGUAAGAGAACUGCUUAAAACUAUUGACAUCUAUUUAGGGGGUUUGUAACGCAACCUCAAGUUGGCUUCGAAGUUGGCUAUUCAUGAUUCCUGUAGAAGUUUGCUAUAGCUUUCCAUGCAUGCAGCCGUCAGUCAGUCGGUCCCCUAAGGUCUGUUAAGAAGUGAUUUUUUGACGUAGGACUACGUCUAUGGAACGCCUUUUAGAAAUUCGCUCUGUGAAAGAAUGGGUAUGACUCAAUCGUGAAUACCUCGAAAUGUAGCAACAUGAUACUCUCUCCAUGCCAUCAGAAAUAUGAUCAGCAAUUUAUGAUUAAAUUUUCAACUGUGUGAAAUAACAAUAAAAAACUUAAAAAUAAGGUUUUAUCAAACGUUUGAAAACAAUGAGGAAAGUUUUGGGGCACAUAUCAGUCCCGUUUUUCAACUGUACGAGCCUAACUUGCAUUGGAUUCUGAUAAUGAAUUCCAAAACUAAAUUCGGAACCUAGAUUUUGGUCUUCCUAUAUUCUGGUUUAGAAUUUAGAUUCAGAGCGCAGGUUUAAAAAUUAAAACGAAGAUUCUUAUUCUGCUUCCCGAAUUCUGGAUUUUGGAGCUCGAUUUUUGGUGCUGGUUUCUGGACUAGAUUUUGGAACUGAAUUUAGUGCUUUUAUCUAAGUUCAGAAUCUGAUUCCAGCAUUCUGAUUCAGGAAAUCAACUUCUGAAUUCUGGAACGAUAGAAAAAUAAGAAAAAGAAAAACUUGGAAUCAAUGUUUUUUUCAUAAUAUUAAAUGAAAUCAUCCAUAUCUUCUAAACCAUAUUAGGCAGAUGGUUUAUGUCUUCGACAAAGUUAUAGUAUUUGAGUUUAUUAACAAUAUUGUGGAAGACUUCAAAAUUGUAUUUCUUCAAAUAAAAAAGUUAGUUUUUUGUGUGUCUUUACAGUGAGUUUUGGAACAUGGUUUUUAAGUUUAAAAAAAUCUUCAAACUACACCGAGCAACUAUUGUGAAGACAUCAAACAACUCAGAUCAACCGUUGUAGCACAAUAAAAGAAAGCAAACUCAUAUUACCACCACUAGCAGCAGUGGUGCUAGAUACAUUAACGAAUGAGCCAUCGUUCGGACCUUGUGUCGGCUUUUCUUUAAUAACAUUUUUUACCGAUGUCGGAUUAUGUUACAGUCUUCGAAGGUUUUCUUCCUCAUUAAAUUUCCUACAAAAAUUACAUGCCCGCUGAUUUUUUGAGUGUAUAGGGUGACCUCCAGAUGAUUUUUUUGUUAAAAGUUAGUUUUCCCAUACUAAAUCCCAUACAAACUUUGAACCGCGGGCGCGAAAAUAUAGUUUCUCCUAUCGAGCUAAAAUUUUGCAUAGUUUCUAUGGGACCCAAAAGGAACACGAAAAGUUUGGUGGAGCGAGAAAAUAAUUUUUCCCAUACAACCUUGUCCCACCUUAUUACACACACUAUGUUUUUUUUUCUGCAGACGGUGAAAAUUUUACAGACUUUUAAACAGCUGAACAGUCAGUGAACAAUUUAUUAAUAGUGUUUAUAUGUGAUCUAAGACUGUAUUGAAUCAUGGCAGACGACGCAGUUAUGCUCCAGUUUUUUUCAAAUAACAUAAGUUUCACAAGUUGUCUGCUAACAAGUCCCCUUUAAAAUGCAAUGUAGGAACAUCAUAGGUUUGAGGAAGAAUGUCAUCUUAGGAUAUUUAUAGAUUUUCGAUGAAAUUUUAUACAUAUUCUAUAUUACCUGACACCUCUUCAAGAUACCCUGAAGGGUUAUCGUUGAUCGAACUGGACGUUCACAAAAAUCACUCAAGCUCAGCACAGUUUACAUAUUUUUCCAUGUUGAUUUACUUAUUACUGAAAAUCGGUGAACGUUACAAUGUUUCCAAAUACGCUAGUGAAAAAGAAACAACUUUUCAGCAAAGUUAUCGUGUGAAUUACCAGAAACCGGUGAAUGUUUUACCGAAGUUAGUAAAAUGAAAUAAUUUUAGAAUAGUUUUGUAAAAAAUUCAAUUUCAAAUAAAUUUUCAAUAAAAUUUGAUUUUCUUGUGUGGAUCGAGUCGAAACUUUGGAGCUGACUUCUGAACCAGAAUUUAUUCCCUGAAUUUAUUUUUUGAAUUCAGGUUCAGAAGUUGCAUGCUAGAAUUGAAUUCAAAACUUGAAUUCUAGUUCCGAAUUAAAUUUCGAGGCAUGCCAUGAAAAACAAGUCAGUAGUAAUUUUCAUUAGAGUAGAAAACAAAUGUUGGGUUUCUCGAAUGAAAGGAAAAUUCUACUUCUCAAUUUACUAAAAUUUGUUUUGGGGUAAAACACGAGACGAAAGAGAAUUCCAGAUAAGAUUUCUGCUAUAGCGCUUUUGAAUUCACGUCAAUCACUUGAUUCAAGUGUUACAAAGCUGAAGGAAAAAAGCAAGCUAACUUGGUAAUAUUUUAACUUACUCUUACUCUUUCAGUCGUAGCCCACGCGGGUCUCUGCUGUAUGCAGGAGGCGUCUCCAUUCAACUCGGUUCAUGGCUGUUCGCCGCCAGCCUCGGUAGCUGCGAAGGGUCCGCAGGUCGUCCUCAAUUUGAUCGAUCCAUCUUGCCCGCUGCGCGCCUCUUCUUCUUAUACCGGUCAGAUCAUUAUCGAGAAUCAUUUUAACCGCGUUGUUCUCCAACAUUCUAACAACGUGCCCGGCCCACCGUAAUCGCCCGACCUUGGCCGUUUGGACGAGGGUUGGUCCUCCCAGCAACUGGUGCAGUUCAUGGUUCAUUCGCCUUCUCCACGUACCGUCUUCCAUCCGCACUCCGCCGAAGAUGGUUCGCAACACCUUCCGUUCAAAAACACCUAGUACGCGUUGAUCCUGCGCAAGCAUUGUCCAGGACUCGUGCCCGUAGAGGAUAACCGGUCUAAUCAGCGUUUUGUAGAUAGUUAACUUCGUACAACGGCGAAUUUAGCUCGAUCGAAGCGUCCUGCGCAGUCCAAAGUAAGCACGAUUUCCUGACAGUAUGCGUCUCUGAAUUUCUCUGCUGGUGUCAGUGAGCCCAAGUACACGAACUCGUCGACCAUUUCGAUUUCAUCACCACCAAUCAGAACUCGUAAUGGGUGGCAGACGUUAUCUUCUCUCGAGCCUCUGCCUUUCAUGUACUUUGUCUUUGACACAUUGAUGUCUAGUCCGAUCCGGUUGGCCUUAGCUUUUAGUCCGAUGUACGUAUUUUCCUUCUUCUCAAAGUUGCGUGCUAUAAUAUCAAUAUCAUCAGCGAAACCAAGUAGCUGGACGGACUUUCUGAAAAUCGUGCCACUCGUGUCUAUCCUCGCUCUUCUUAUCACACCCUCCAAAGCAAUGUUGAAUAGCAGACACGAAAGGCCAUCACCUUGCCGUAGCCCUCUGCGAGUUUCGAAGGGACUCGAGUUUAUCCCCGGUACUCGAACAACGCACAUCACUCGAUCCAUCGUAGCCUUGACCAAUCGUAUCAGUUUGUCCGGGAAUCCGUAGUCGUGCAUGAUUUUCCAUAGCUGUUCUCGAUCGAUUGUGUCGUAGGCUGAUUUGAAAUCGAUGAAUAAGUGAUGUGUGGGCACAUUGUAUUCGCGGCACUUUUGCAACACCUGGCGGAUGGCGAACACUUGGUCCGUGGUAGCGCGUUCGCCCAUAAAUCCUGCCUGAUAUUGUCCCACGAAUUCGUUUGCAAUCGGUGAAAGUCGACGGCAUAAGAUUUGGGAGAGUACCUUGUAGGCGGCGUUCAGAAGAGUUAUCGCGCGGUAAUUGCAGCAAUCCAGCUUAUCGCCCUUUUUGUAGAUGGGACACACGAUUCCUUCCAUCCAUUCCUCCGGUAAUAUCUCGUCCUCCCAGAUCUUGGUAACGACCCAGUGCAGUGCUUUCACUAGUGCAUUACCACCGUGUUUUAGUAGCUCGCUUGGUAGUUGGUCAACGCCAGCGGCCUUAUUAUUUUUCAACCGGCUUACCACCUCCUCCACUUCUUGGAGGUCUGGGACCGGCAGUCUAUCGUCCUCCGCACGCGUUUCCAAGUUCGUUACCGCGCCGCUACUUUCGUAUUCCGCCACAUCGCCACUGAGGUGCUCGUCGAAAUACUGCCGCCACCUCUCGAUCACCUCACAGUCGUUCGUGAGAAGAUCCCCGUUGGUGUCCUUGCACAUAUCGGCCUGUGGCACAUGGCCUCUGCGCGAACGGUUCACCUUCUCGUAGAACUUCCUUGUGUCAUUAGCACGGAACAGCUGUUCCAUCGCUUCGCGAUCUCGGUCUUCCUGUUGGCGCUUUUUUCUACGGGAUACCGAGUUUAGUCUGUUCCGCGCCUGUCUGUAUCGCUCCUCGUUUGCUCUCGUCUGGUGUUGCAGCUUGCUCGCCCAAGCUGCAUUCUUCUCGGCCACUAACUGUUCACAUUCGUCGUCGAACCAGUCGUUCCUUACGUUGCUGAUGCAGUGCUACCUAUGGCAGAACGGAUGUCUCUCCAGCCAUCUUCAAGAGUAGCUGCACCAAGCUGCUCUUACGUUGGUAGUGCCACUGCCAACUGCUGCGCGUAAUCUUGGGCUACUCCAGCAUCCCGGAGCCGCGCGAUGUUAAUCCGCGACGUUCGGUUUCGAUGUUGGAUAGCCACCGUCGAAAGUUUUGAGCGCAUGCAUACAGCAGCCAAGUAGUGGUCCGAAUCUAUAUUCGCACUAGGUGCGAACAUUGUUGAUGUCCGAGAAAAAUUUUCCGUCGAUUAAAACGUGGUCGAUUUAGUUUUCGGUCUGUUGGUCCGGUGAUCUCCAGGUAGCUUUGUGGAUAUCCUUGCGGGGAAUGAAGGUGCUUCUGACUACCAUUCCUCGGGAGGCCGCAAAGUUGACACAUCGUUGGCCGUUGUUAUUCGAUGCGGCAUGCAGGCUAAACGUAACAUUUUAAAUGCUAGUUGAAUAAGCAAAAAACAUUUUUUUAACUUAUCUUUCGUGUUUCUGCUUUAAUUGAAGCUUUAAUUUGAAUCUAAUUGAUUAAUAGAAAUUGCCAGAUUACCAUCCAGUACAAACGAAUGUAUUUCUGACAAUUGCUGUACACGUUGUAAGGCAUUCAAUUUCCUUCAGCCUCUCACUUCUCAGAAUGACCAUAAAAUAAAAUUCCCUCGAGAAAAAAAAACAAAAAUUUCUCAUGGCUUGCUUUGGUAAACGAUAGCAGGUGGAUGAUUAGCCGACGUAUGCCAACAUAUCCGUAGACAUGAAAGCAUGUGCCAAAACACGACGACAACAGAAACAACAUCAAGAACAAACAAAAACGAAAAAAAACAACGACAAAAAUUUUUAAAUAUUGAUAUGUACCCAUAUAUGUGUGUGUAUGCAGUUCGUUGGCGAAGUAAACAGUACAAGAUUUCGGGGGUUAGAUUUCACCGGUUCAUGUCCCAGCUGUUGUUGUCGUUUAUACCUAGAUAUAGAACAUUUAGUGUUAAACAAUGUAACAAUAAACACAGAAAAACUCAUCGACCAAACUCUACAGGGAUUUUUGUACAUACAAACUGUUAGUAAUAAUAGUGACGAUAAGAUAAGAGAAAGAUUCGAGUAGAUAUUUUGAGCUGAAUAGUAAACAACAAAAAAAAGUGUGAUAUUAAGGGCAUUCCAGUGACCACGGUUUUUCCUUUGGUCCUGCUUGAAACAGAUCAUUUACGAGAGAGAGAAAAACCGAGAAACAGCGUCAGAUGGCGGCGUGAAGAUGGAUGGUAAGUGUAAUGUAUUUAUUCUAACCCAUAAUUGUGAAAACAAACAUCAGGCAUUUUUAGAUAAAAGAGAUGUAUUUAUGUGUGAGACAAAUAAUAGACAGUAACAAUAAAGGAAUGUUGAAAGAGAA